CUCGGCUGUGGGGGAAUACCUUGCUCUCCGUCGUAGCUUGUCCUCGUCUACGCCCUCCCGCCUGGCUAAGCACCGCAUUCCAAUCGUUGCUGUGUGAGAAUGUACUCGGUAGCGGCGUCGUCCACGAACCGAACAACGUCCUCGGGCUCGUUGUCGGACACCGACAAUUCACUGCUCUCCGAGCUGGAUGCCAUCGAUGAAGCGCUGCUUGGCGAGACGACGCAGACACGGAUUGAGACCAUUCUGGCCGCUGUCGAGACGUUCGCUUUUAAUGCUCUCUUUGCCAUCGUCUCGCGCACCUCAUCACUCCGCAUUGUCUCCAUCCUUGUGCUGCUCAUCGAGUUUGGCCAGCUCGCCGCCUUUGCCUUUGCGCCCAUCUUUGAGUGGGGCCCAUGGGCCGACUCAUCGCUCCAACCUGUGCUCUCGGUCCUCUCGCUGCGAGUGGUUUUCUCCUCGUUCCACAUCUUCCGGCUCAUCAACUUUGCUGUGUACGCAGCGCUCAUCGCAGCAGCCUGUGACGCUGCUUAUGUCGGCCUUGCCCUCCGCGACCACUCACGGUCCAAGAUCUGGCCGUUGCGACUGCUGCGGUACGCCGUCGGCUUUGCGGUCACCGUCCUGUACAUUCCGAUCAUGAGCGUCCUCCUCACGCCGCUCGCUUGCGACUACGAGGCCGAGCCGCCCGUCCUCCGUGACUACUCGGACGUCGGGUGCUGGGAGGUCGAGAUCACAGCCUACCGCAUGGUCUCAAGUGUCCUUGCGCUCGUCUUUCUUAUGGGGACGGCGGCUCUGUCGCUGGUGUACUUUCAGGACGCGCUCGGAUCGGGGCACUUGCUCGCGCGGCCACACGCGCGGGUCGACUGCGCCACCCAUGUGGUCAAGACGGUGCUUUUGUUUGGGUUUGCGACCGGAGCUGGCUCGCCCGGGGUGCUCGGCGGUCUUCUUGUGGUCACUAUGAUCUCCAUCUUUGUGCUGCAGGUCCUGUUCAUGGCUCUGUACAACCUCAAGCUCCAGCUGGCGCGGACUGGUGGCUUCCUCGCGCUGGCCUGGCUCGGAUCGAUGGCACUGGCGACGGUGUCGGUCAACGGGCAUCCCUCCGACGAUGGCGUCUCCCGUGGCAGUAACGGGGUUUUUGUCUCGGCUCUUCUCAUCGCACCGGCGGUGGGCGUCUUUGGUGCUGUUCUGGCCUGGUUGCGGCUGAGCAAGCUCUGGCGUCGGCAUACCGUUGCCACCGUUGGUUCUGUGAGCAGUAGCGUCGAUCUCAGUAGCUCUCGGUUCAUCCUUGUAACUGACGUCGAGCUCGUGGCACGGAUGCACAUGGCGUCGGGCAACAUUGACGCCGCCAACAGCGUCUUCCGCGCCGGCUUUGACCAGUUUCCCAACUCGGUCUUUGUCGUCCUCUGCUACGUGCGGUUUCUUGCGAGUGUGGGCAACACUGCGAUGGCGCACGCGUAUCUUGACAAGUCGCAUGCUCUCCCGGCAUGGAUCGAUCUGCGGUUUGCGCGGUAUCGCAAGAUGCGCGAAGUGGAGCAGGCGCAGCUCGCGCGCGGGCUGACGACCGGCUCGAUGGACCUUGUCUCGUACGUGCAGUUUGAGAGCAUGCUGCGGACAGCCAAGUCGCACCACAACUCGGCGCUACGGGCGGUGAGCACGUUCUGGCGCACGCUGCUGCGAUCUGACCGGGCGUUCCUGGAAAAGUCUGCCAAGCUCAUUGCGCGGAUCGACGAGUCUGAGCGGACGGCCAACAACUACUACCGGCAACUGGUGCGCAAGUACCCGACCGCGCCGGGCCUGCUGUCGGCGUACGCCACGUUUCUGGACGAGGUGUCGAACAAGCCGGCGCUCGCGUCGCGGUUCCUCUCCAAGGCCAAGCGAGUCGAGGCUGCGCUCCGCGACAGCACCGAGCACGGCGAGGGCGCUGAUGCUGAGGCAGCGUUGGCAACUGUUAACGGUGCUGUCGAUGCUCUGGUCACACUCACCGAGGAUGGCUGUAUUGCGUCACUCAACACGCAUGCCCGCAAGCUGCUCGGCUUUACGCACGCGUUGUCACGUGAUGAGUUGCUCCACAAGCCGUUUGGCCUUGCGCUCCUUGCCCCAUCGUUCUCCGAGUGGUUCCAUGACAUGCUUGCGGACGCAUCGACAUCGCCGCGUCCGCUACUGGUCACUGUGAGGUGCAAGGACAAAAGCGAGCUCGCGGUCAACAUGAUUCUCGCACGCGUGCCGCGUGCCGACGUGGCACACUUUAUGGUCAUCCUCCGACCAGUUCAGACUCGCUCGCAUCGUGUUGCGCUGUACUGCACCAAGAAUGGUGCCGUGGCCGCACUGGCGGGAUCAGUCGAGCGCAUGCUUGGUCUCGACCCUGAGGAUCUGCUGGGCGCUCCGCUAUCCCAAGUGCUGUCCUCACCAUCGGCCGGGUCGUCACAAAUGCGGCCCAACGUGUCGAAUGGUUCGUUCGGCUCAUACCGUGAGCUGACCGCCUCGACCAGCGACUCUAGUGGCCUGCAAGCCUGGCUUUCCACCCUCGACAGGGGCGCGGUGGUGCCUCUGGCUCCGCAAGCCGUGGUCAUUGGCUCGGGUGUCCACGCGUUUGGCACCGGCCCUGGAGCAAUGGGCAUGAUUGUGUUGGAGUCACUGGCUACGCAUACUCUCGAGUUUGCGAUUUCGGCCGAGGGGCGGAUCCUAGCCUGCCCAUCAUCGGCGGCACAGGCGCUGUUUGGCAGGAGUGAGACUGAGAUGCUCGGGCAGACGCUUAACUCUGUGUUCGUCGUGCCAGACGACAACGUUGUCGCCAACAAUCUGCCGAAUGUUAUUACCGAGGCCACCCACGAGCGCGCAGCACACGUCAUAGCCGAAAUGGAACGGCCUGGUGCGGGCAAGCAGUUCAAGCCAGCCGAAGUCUGGGUCGAUACCUGGGAGCAAUGGCGGAUGCUUCGCUCCGCGGCCGUCGGCGAGUUUGACCGAGAGACGGGCGCUCUCCCGCUGUUUCCGCACCUCCCGGAUUCUGGUCUAGCACUCGCCGCGGCGGCUGUGGCGCGGAAUACCGCAACUGGCGCUAUGCGUAUGAUUCUCCUUCCGCUUGGCCUUGCACACGACUCACUCACGGGCGUGCGGACCGAUGGGCACUCGACAACCUCUGGCGCGCCGCCGACUGUGACCGCCUCGGUCCCCAAGCUUGGGCGAUCGACUGGCUCUACAACUGGCGAAACAAUGUCGCUGGUCUCGGACUCAGAGCAUGGAAUGGUCAUGUCUGCGCGAGCGCGCCUCUCCGCCAAGCGCCGGCUGGCCGAGCUUGACUCGGACGUUGGUGCCGCGGUACGCGCCAUGAAGACCAAGGCUGCAAGUGCUGUGAAUCGGCUCAAGUGGCGGCUCUGUGCAUCCACGUUUGUCAUUGCCUGCCUCUGCCUCGCCGUGUUUGUGGCGUCGACCAUUCUGCUGCACGAGGCCGAGCUGGAGCCGCCGCGGGCCGAAUGGGCCUCCAUGCGGUUGCAAGAGAUGUCGCGAACUGUCUCUGCUGUCCAGUCUCUUUACAUUCUGGAUCGCUGCUUGGCGGUUAAGGAUGCUGCGAAAGAGAGCGCGAGUUCAAACGCUUCAACGCCCUGGAAUGACGAGCUGGAUCAUCUGGUGGAAGUCAAUGAGCUCUUGCUGCACGAUCCACGGUUCGUGGACGAGGCGCGUGGUGCACUGGACGAUCUUGAGCGCGAUGUGUUCCGUGCCAUUGAGCACAUGCACGAGCACCACGCUCUGUUGGCGAACACGGACGGGCUCUAUGACCCCGAUAGUGCACUCGACAAGCUUCACGCUGGGGCGCCGCAGGUCGAGCUGUACUUUUUCGACGGCAUCGGAGAGGUGUUCGCGGCGUAUCCGGCGGUACCAUCCCGCGAGCUCUCGGUUACCACUGCCGCGUACAACCUCGACCGGGCUAUCAUGGUGUACACGUCCAUGGCGCAGGAUUUUGUCAAUGGCGUUAACGAGCGGAUUGGCCACGAAUCGCACCUCGGCGAUGAGGCAGUCCGCGGCGUGGUGCGUUCUGACGCUAGCCUUGCUGGUGCUGACGACAGCCAUGGCGAAGGCUCCGCGGCAGGAAAUGCCACUCAUGCCGAGUCCGCCGAGGCGUUGGUGUUGGCCGACAUGGCGUUCUUUGUACUGUUCAACGGACGGCACACCCUGCGGGCCGGAUUGGAGUAUGCUCUCGAGCUGGAGCAUCGGGUGGUGGCUGCCACGAUGGAGCAGUCGCUCAUUGUUGUGUGCUCGCUGACAGGUAUUCUUAUCGUCCUCCACCUUGUUGUUGUUUGCACCGUGGUCGUGCCCGAGUUUCGCCGGCUGGGGCGUCGCCGCCGCGAGACCAUGGCCGUCUUCUUGGCCAUUCCCAAAGUGUCAGUCUCGGACUUGGUGCGGAUGAGCAAGACCGGGCGAAAGGGCGGCAGGCGAUCCGGAACGCCGGGAGCGGCCACCAUCGAAGGUCAAAGCGGCGACAACGGGGCCCAGGAUGCCAAGGGAUGCGGCGAAACUGAGCACGGGCGGUACACGUUAUUCGAUUGUUGA